GAGGGGUAGAGAGAGAAAACCUAAACCAUGGCCUCUACAAGUCUAUACGGCAAGCUGGACGAAGCCGAACAAGAACGGCUCACAGCCCGCCGGCAGACACGCCGGAGAAUCACCCUCAUCGGAGUAUCCUCCAUCAUCCUCAUCGCCGUGGUGGUUGCCGCCGUGGUCGGAGGACUCUCCCACGCCGCCGGCAAAAAAUCCGAAGGCGGCAAUAACCGCCAAACCCCAUCAUCCUCCAUUAAAGCGGUGUGCAGCUCCACGCUGUACCCUGACUCCUGCUACAACAGCCUCAUGCCGAUGGCUGAAUCCGGCAACCUCAAGCCACAAGACAUAUACAAGCUGUCCGUACAGGUCGCCAUGCACGAGCUCUCCAAAGCCUCCGAGAUCUUCUCCUCCGGCUACAUCGUCGGAAAGUUCAACAUCACCGACAAUAGAACAGCCGCCGCCGUGGAAGCGUGCCACCAGCUCUUCGACCUCGCGCUGGACCACCUCAACGCCUCGCUCGUGAUACAGAACAUGAAAAUAUCCGAAGCUUUCGAUGAUCUCCGCACGUGGCUGAGCUCCGCCGGGACGUUCCAGCAGACGUGCUUCGACGAGCUCGAAAGCGCUUCCGAUGAACUAAACGCCUUCGUGCACGAAAACUUCAAGAACUCGACGGAGUACACGAGCAAUAGUCUCGCGAUCAUUACGACGAUCGACGAGUCGAUGACCGCUUUGGGGGCGAUCGGGAGGAGGAGGCUGAUGGGUUUUGGGCCGGAGUGGGUGUCUGCGGAGGACAGGCGAAUGCUUGCGGCGGCGGUGAAUUUGAGUGCGACGGCGGAUGUGGUGGUGGCGAAGGAUGGGUCGGGGAAGUACAAUACGAUCGGAGAAGCUUUGAAGGGUGUUCCGGAUAAAAGUACGAAGAGGUAUGUGAUAUACGUGAAGAAGGGGGUUUAUGUGGAGAAUGUGGUGGUGGAGAAGUCCAAGUGGAAUGUGAUGAUGGUCGGCGACGGCAAGAACGCGACGGUUGUUUCCGGGAGUCUCAAUGUUGUCGACGGAACCCCGACGUUUCAGUCGGCCACUUUUGCUGUAUUUGGGAAAGGGUUCAUUGCCCGGGACAUGGGAUUCCGCAACACGGCCGGUGCAGCCAAGCACCAAGCGGUCGCCCUAAUCUCGACCGCCGAUUUCUCGAUCUUCCAUCGUUGCAGCAUGGACGCGUUCCAAGACACCCUCUACCCGCAUUCGAACCGCCAGUUCUACCGCGAGUGCGACAUCUACGGCACGAUAGACUUCAUAUUCGGGAACUCCGCGGUCGUCUUCCAAAACUGCAACAUCCUGUCAAGAAAGCCCUUGCCGAACCAACAGAACACCAUCACCGCCCAAGGCAAGUUUGACCCGAACCAGAACACCGGUAUAUCGAUCCAAAACUGCAACGUGGGGCCCUUCGGGGACUUGACCGGGGUCAAAACAUAUUUGGGCCGGCCAUGGAAAGAUUACUCCACCACCGUUUUCUUCCAGAGUGUGUUGGACCGAUGCAUUGACCCGAAAGGGUGGCUCCCAUGGGUCGGGUCAUCGGUCCCGACCACUAUUUUCUACGCCGAGCUUUGGAAUACGGGCCUCGGUUCAGUGACCAAGAACCGGGUUAACUGGUCCGGGCUCAAGCUCAACCUUACUUCAACCCAAGUCAAGAAGUUUACGGUUGGCCCAUUCGUUAAUGGGGAUCAAUGGAUUCCUGCGACAAAUGUUACCUACAAAUCGGGCCUUUAA